AAAUGGAUCCCUCUGGUUACCUGGAAGAUGAUUUUUCCCAUUUGGAUGGGUUAGAUGAUGAUGUGUUCCACUCUGAUGACUGUGAACUGGUCGGUCAGUCCAGUAAGAUGGCCUUUCGUGGCAUUUUCACCCAAAGCAAAUCUUACAACUGCCUCCUGGGGAGAUUCCAGCUCUUCCCACUUACACAUUGUUGUGGCCCAGGCAGCAGGCAUGCCAAACAACAGGACAAGGCAACACAGACACUCAAUGCAUCCUCUUCCAGCCAGGAUAUCAUGUUACCUUGUGGAGUCACUGAAGAGCCCCAGAGACUCUUCUAUGGGAAUGCUGGAUACCGUUUACACGUCCAACCAAUCGGUUUCAGAUUGAAUCCACAUCUCCAGGAGGAACCUCAGGAAAGUCUGCAGGAAUUGCGUACUGAAGUUCAGAUUGCACGGAAGUUACAGUGCAUUGCAGAUCAGUUCCACAGGCUUCACCUACAGAGGCACCAGCAGAACAGAAAUCAGGUCUGGUGGCAGAUCCUUCUCUUCCUCCAUAACUUGGCCUUGAACAUGGAGGCAAACAGACAACGAGUGGGUCAGAGGUGAGACCUGCACUGCCUCUUCCAGGUUCCAUCCAGUCUGCUGGGAGCACUGAACAAGCCCAGGUUACAGAUGUGUGUGCCACUGGACAGAUGUGAGGUUCCUGUGACCCUGAGGGUGCUUGUUGUUGUACAAAAGACUUGUUUUCAAAGGACGCCUUCUGACUCCCUUGUCUUCUGUAGUGGGGAGCUUUGGUCCAACACUGUUGAAGAAAAAUCUCCCCAAGUUGUAUGGCUUGUAAUCAAGGUGCAAGUAGGAGCUAAUGUAAGGAAGUUUUGGUUGAGUUGGUGCUGGGCUGUUGGUGAUAUUCUAGGACUGAGGUUGAAAUGAGUUUGGGGUAACUACCAGAUUCCUAAUGAGUAAACUUUGAGGAAAAUCUGCUAAGAAGCAACUGUGAAACAGCAUAUAUGUACAGCUGCAUCCUAACAUUUUAAAUACUGGAGAUACUGGUAUAAACAGGGAGUGAGUCUUGAAUAGUAACACACAAUCAUUACACUCAGGGGAACAUAUAGGUUCCCCUCCUGUCUUUCAACUAAAGUCAGGAAAAUAAGAUAUAAGCAGUACUCUCUUAUCAAAUGUAACUUUCUUUACUACUCUAAAGCUGCAAUUCUUACAGUAGUAAAAGAAGCUAUUCCCCAAACAAUAAGAUUUCUCAGAUUUCCUUCCCUAAGGACAGAAAGAAAGGGUUGUCCUUGGAGAGAGAAAUCCAGCCUCACAAGGCCCUUCCAUAAGGUUGCAAACUGUCCACAGUUGGUACUUUGAAGGUCUUUGGAGGGCAUGCUAGUAGAGGCCCUGCUUUCCACUGCCCUCAUAUGCCAACACACCUUUGAAGUGGGUAGAAUCCCAGCUGCCUGGAGCUUGCACCAUCCUCUUUCUUCCCAUUGUAGUCACUGGGAGGGACAAGUGAAGGAAAAACCCUCUACUUUUGGGGUCCAGCUGGCACAAGCCAUCAGAACUACAAAAGAAGCCAUUUACCUACCUUGGUUUCUCUCUUUUCUAAGUCUAAACAUCAAACAGAAUUUGUUUAACUUAGCAGAUGAAAGUGCCUUAAUUUUACAUAAAGCCUCAUUAUGAUCACAGUGUCAGAGAUGGAGCCACAAACUACUGAAUGCCCAAAAGUACCUAUUUUUCUUUUGCCAUUUAGAAAAAUUGGGAGCCAAAGUUUUAUUGGAAGAACAAAAAAACCCAUAAACAUUGCAGGAAAGAAGGGGAAAGCUUUUUAUUGCCUGGAGAUAGGUAGAGGGGUAUCAAUCCAAAAGAUUUUUAAAGGUUUCUGCACCCUGGUUUCAGGCUUCUGGAAUUUUCAAUCUUAGGGCGAGUGAGAAGCAAGAGGAAUUGGAAGGCUGGUUAUGUAGACAUUUGGCUCUAUUUCUGCAAAAGCAACAUACUUCCCAGAGUGCCCUCCUGAAUACAUUUGCUAUUCUGAACUAUGAAGACCUUUGCUAUUCUGAAGACAUUUGCUAUUCUAAUCUAUGUAGUAAUACUUUCCCACUAUCUUAAGAGGCAACAUUCCCACAUAAGUAAGUUAAAGAUUUAGAGUCUGAAGUCACACAAUUUGGUUAAUAAUAACUGCAUUUAUGGGUCUCCCCUCCCCCCCGGGCUUUGGUAUGUUGUGCAAAUUCAGGCAAUUUGGUUAGUUUAUGGUUCAUUGUAUUCUGUGGACCAAGAAAAUGGGCUAACAAAGGAAUGCAGUCAGAGGGAUUUAUGUUUAGCACGUCUGCCCAAAGUAACUGUAAUGAGAGCAUCUCUAACAUUACGGCCUUUUAUAUACUGGUUUUAAGAAAAUAAAAACAACAUGAAUUAACUGUAUCAGUAUUAUUUGAAAAGUAUUUCCCAGUGUGAAGGAACAAAUAUUUCAGACAAAAGUUUAUUCAAAAGUUUCCAGUAUUGCUUAAAUUUUUUAUUUCAUCUUUUUGGAGAGGGACUUUUGAGUUUGGCAGGCAGCUUGGUUUCAGACAUUUGUGUCUCUGUACUAGAUCAUUCCAGCUUGCUACUGUGUCUUUACUAAAAGAGUCUUUGCCCCAUUUGUGCUAAUUAUGGAAUUAUAGAUUAUUUUUCACCAUUUCUGUGGUGAGUUGAAAACUUGCUACUCAAAACCCUGGACUGAAUCCAACUUUUGACUUCUACAAAAAGAAGAACAGAUUUCUUCUACAGUAGGUUCUGAUCUAAUGGAGCAUUCCUGCUGAUAGAAUGAAGAAAGAGAUUUUUGAUUUCUCUAAAAAUCUCCUCUGGAAAAUUGUGGGCUCUAGAACAGUGAAGAGUGUGAUGUGAACCAGAGUUCCCUGAUAGAACUUUGCUUAGGGAGGUCCUGCUGGAUCCAGACUCCUAUUGUAAUCCUCUUGAAAGGAAACUCUUUAUCCCAAAUCCAUCCCCCUGAGAGAUUGUAAAAUCAGAUGUGAAAAUGGAUUACCUGGGACAGUCUCCCUCCGUCUGGUACCUUAGAUGUGCUGAGGAUUCAACUCCCGAAUUCUCAGCCAGCAAGAGAACACUAGAUUGGGAAAGGCUGACUUAAAUGAAGUGGGUGUAAGAAUCAGAGUUAGCGAGUCAAGUGUGGAAUCCCAGCCAUAUAAAUAUGUUCAUAUACCACUCCUUCCUUAAAUUGACUCAAAUUUUGUCGCUAUUAUUGAAUCAUGGCAUUUGGAGAUAGAGGAUUAUUUCCUUGAACUUUUUUUAAUGGGUCAUUUUUGAUAGCCCCUUUUGCUGCUGUUUCUCCUGAUCAGUAUAAGAAGUUCUUAGCCACUUAUUGCCUUGCUCUGAUACAUAACCUACUCAUCCACCAUCAAUUUCGACACAGAGCGGGAAUCUGAAGCACAAAACUCUGUUGCAUUAUUCCCUGCAGUGGAUCAAGCAGUAAAUAUGUGAUGGAGGAUCAGGGCAUAUAAGCACACGCACAUUGCCUUCCCCACAAUUCUUUUUCUGUGAAGACUAGAAGUCCCAAUUGGGACCUUUAAGAGUUUUGCAUUGUGUCCACCUUAAACUAAUAUUGGUAUAUAAUAUAAUAAGUGUGUAUCUAUUUAAGUAUAUAAUCAAGAACAGAACCUGCAAUGGGGCUGAACUGGUUAUAAGGCAUAAUGGCUUCAUCCCAUCUCAUAUAAGUAAAGGAAUGUGUACUAUUCCUGGGUGAGGACUUGGGAAGCCUAUCUGAAUUUUAGAUUUUUCAUAUCCUGUAGAACAAGAACAAUUUACUUAAGAUGUAAUAACAGAAAAUUAGCAUGUAAUCAUUUCUUACCUCCUCUGCCUUCUUGUGGCCAUUCGAUGUCCUUAUCUCAUGUAUUCUGGCUAGACUAUCUUGACUUAAUGAGAGUCUUCCCAAUGAAUUCUGUGAAUCUUAUUAAUAUUGCAAGCUGAUGUUGCCUAUGAGUCCCAAGUUUUUUGAAUGGAUAGAUAUGUAACUCAGGGCUGGCUUAGGACAUCUGAGCUUUCUCUUAAAUAACUCUUCCUUAUUCUAAAGUGGGUCAAUUAGGGAGACCAAAUUAACCUUUGGAGGGGCAGUUCUCUCAUGAUCACUUGAUUCAAUUAUUUAGUGGGAAGAGAAUUGGAUUUGGCCCUUUGUAUUAAGAAGCAAGAGUCCUUAGCUUGGGGUGGAGGUUACCUUGUGCCACCAAUCUAAAGUUGUGGGGGAACUCUUCUGUCUUUUCUCCUUAAUGGCUAUUUAGCAGACAUUAAAAAGGCUUAACCAUGGUGGAAAGACCAUGGGAGAGUUCCAAAUAAUCUGCAUCAUCAUCUGAAGCACUACCACCUCAGUAAAAUGUUGCAAAUGAGGCAGAGCAAUUUUACAGCAAAAGCCUCCACUGAGAAGGGAAUUUUCCUUUUGCUAUCUCUUUCUCCCUGUUUCAGCUGGUUCUUUAUUAAUCCUUUUUAAAUCAAACUUUCCUUGGCUGCAUUCUCUCCAGUAAUAGUGCUUUUGCUGCAGUUCUUGGAAACUGAGACAGCAAUCAUAACAAACUGUACUGCCUGAGGUGACUUCUAGCUGCCAAAAACCAGGCCAAGGUGGGGAGAGAAUAGAGGAAUGGUCUUCAGAUAAAGACCCUGAGGAUAAAGACCCUGGGGACACUGGCUGAUUGUCCUGAGUUAGCAGUCUUUUGUUGUGCAACUUCUGUGACUGUAUAUGUUGCUGUUGUUUUCUUUGGGUUGUGUGGAUUUUCCUUUAUUUCAUGGUGUUUUAUUUUCCUAUUGUACCAGGUCUGCCUGUCUUGUUCUGCCAACUUAAGCAGCCUGUUGGCAGCAAGUUCUUGUCAGUGUUCCCAAAGGCUGGAAUUCUCAUUUUUGAAGGCUUUUCUACUUUACUAAUCUCUUCACCUACUUGCAAGUUUUGGUUGUAUCAGCCAAAGAGGGUGAUCCAACAUCCCUAUAGAAAGCCAUAUCUGUGACUUUGCUUUCCACACAUUGGUCUUGGGUCUUGUUUUGUUCUUUUAUGAAUUAAAAUGGUGCUCUACUGGCACUGUGAUCAAACCUUAGGUAUGCAAGGAUGCUGUUGUCAUGUAGAAUUGAUUAACUCUAAUCACUGUUUGGUACAAAUAAAGACAUCUAUAACAAGAAUUGCAGCUAUAAUUGAGAUUGGACACAUAUUGACAAUUCCACCUCAUAGAAAAGCCUGGGAAAGGCAUUAAUCACGCAAGAAGUAGAGUCAGAUGUGCCUUGCAGAAUGCAAAGAUGGGAGACUUUUCUAAAGUCAAACGGAAUUAUGAAAUGGGACAUACGUUUAUUGCAGUGCUUCGUAUAGAUAACCCACUGGCUGUAAGCAGAAUGGAUAACAAUAGAAGAUUUAACUGGCUGCAAUAAAUUAAAGAAGGAAUCCUUAGAAACAUCAAAACUAUUGUUAUAACUGCAGUGUCUACUCAGAUUACCUAGCUACAACGUAGCGUUAAUUGGUUCUAAUGAAGUUUCUUUAUACUGGUUCAGAACAACAAAUAAUCUGAUGGCUAGGCUACAGACACCAAUCCAGCCCCAUUUUUGCAGUAUCCUCUCCCAAUCAUGUUGCUGAAAUUUGGAGGUAAAAUGGAAUUCAAGAGCAUUUCCCCCCACUUGUUAUUUUUGGAGAAAUAACAAGUGAAGAAAGCCCCUGAAAACUAUAAUAUGCACGCACGCACACACAUCAGCUUGUUUCCUCCACUGAUGUCACCACCAUGCCCUGAGACCCUUGCAGAGUGAUUUUUUUUUUUUUAAAGUGGACUCCAAUCACAAAUGGUUGUUUUAACCUAUUUUACAAUCCCAGAGAUUUGACACGGGGCCACUAGAGUAGAAUUCCAAAAUCCCUGCUUGUAUUUGUUAAGCUCUUCAGUAAAUCAGUCAGCAGUAGCUUUGUUCACCUGAGCCGUCCUCUUGCUUCUGCAUAUAAUACAUCUGAAGCUGGAGGCCAGAAACAAGCAAGACUAGAGAUUAGCACCCUUAGGAAGCAGGAGCUGAGGGAUGGGGAACAAUAGUGAGGUGUGUGUGAAGCAGUCUGUGGUCCUAAAUUAUCCUGCAAAUGUGGAGGUGGUUGUCCUAUCCUUAGCAUUGAAGUAAAGUUUCACUUCCAUCUACUUUUCUGUAAUUGGAAUGAGGGCACCAUCUUUUUUUCACUUCAGGUAGGAGAAGUAUUUGAACCAGUUCUCUGUGGCUACCUUCUCUCCUGAUAUGGUAAGGAAUUUAAAAGUAGAGGACAGAUCUCUGGUUUACAAUCCGGCAAUCCAGUACACUAUCUUUUAAGACGCGGCUGGCUUAUGGUCUUCCAAAUGUUGCUGAACAGCUGUUUUUAGCAAGCUCAGCCAAUGUGACCAAUGCUGAGGAGUGCUGGGAGCUUGGUCCAGCCACAUUUGGAGAGGCCAACUUUCCAAGCCUUGUUUGAGACACAAGUUUUAAUACCCUGGGUAGAAGAAGCAUGCUAACGAUAAAAUGAGAGGUGGCUUACAUUUAUGUGUUAUUUUACUCCUAACCUGAUUGGUUUUGUGUACUGAAAGCAGAUGGUCUUGUGGUUCAUUACCACAUAUCAUAUUUUAUACGUCUGGCAAUAUGUGUUCAGUUCUACUGGGGUUAAGUUCACAUUGGAGUCAGCAACAUGCAAAAACAGAACUUCAGGUGCAACCUAUCCAUCAGUGGCAUAUUUCACCCACAGUUAUACUAAUGUAAAAUAGAGAAGGGGAUAAUUGGUCCUAAUGACAACCAUAUAAUGCUUAACUAUUUUAUUAGUUGGAGAUUUUAAAAAAAUGUAUUCUUCAGGUUAGAGUGUGAAAUCAGAAGUUAAUAAACCAAAGGUUCAACCUUAUGUACACUUGAAAGUACUUCCAUUUUACUGUAAAAGGACUUGCUUCUGAGUAAGCCUGUGUAGGAUCAUGUUGCAUGUCAUUUUAAUAUCUUAAUGGAUUACAAAACACAAAGAAAGCUUCAGGUCUAUAUCUUAAAAACACAAACAUGUUUUUAAAGUAUUAUUUUGCAUAUUCAAAUGUCCUUUUUCCAUCUAAGAUUCACAUGCCUGCCUUACUUUUCAGCUAUUUCAUACCGUGAAAAGAAAAACAUUUGCCAACUUUUCCAACUGUAACUGAUUUGUAAAUGCUACUUGAUCUGUAGACAUUAGCAGGUGAUAGUGGAUUGGAUCCCCGCUUAGUCCUCCUUAGAGUAGAGCCAUUAACUCUGAUGAAACCUAGGGAAGUGGCCUGUAUUUCAGCAAUUCUCUUUAAAAAAAAGGACUAAGUUUGGAUUCAAGCCACUGUUUAUCUUCAUGGUCUGAAAAGCUUCAUCUGCUGUUCAAGAUGUAAGUUUUUUUUUCCAGGUCAGCUGGCAACUCUUGUUAACAAAUGUCAUUCCAGUUAUUAAAAUUUAUAUUUAUAUAUACACACAUACACACACACACACUUAAACAUAAUAAAAUGACUGUAGGUUGCUUUGGGUUGCUUAACUGAAAGAAUUUCACAGUGAGCAAUGCCAUUCUUUCAGCAUCUAAAACAAUGCUGAACUCCUACAAAUGUCGGCUUUUUACUCAUCAGCAACAGGAGAAAAGACGCUAAAUAUGUCACAUGCGCUGGAAUAUAAUUGUGUCUGUCUAUAAAUAAAAUGUGGUCUUUAAGUUCCUCUUUCCCUUUGCCUCAAAUAGGAUCACCAGUAUUUAACUGCCUUUGCUGUAUUCGGUUAACAGUGAUUUGUGCUGAUGAAACUGGCAAGUUGCCAUAAAAACUAUCCCUGCGCAUGUAUGCAAAUCAAGUUGCCUUAAAGACACAGCUAAGUAGGUUGGGUGAAGCACUGGCAACCCAGACAGAUUUAUUGGUUGGGUUAUUGCAACUCACUGACUAUGAAACUGGAUUAAUGAGCAUGCAUGUGCCACCAUAUUAUCCCUCCCCCCCACCUUGAAUUCACAGAAAAAAUAGGAACUUCUUAGAAAUCUACUUUGGAAGGUGAUUUCUGAAAACAGAAAGCCAUGUGACUCUUGGGGGAACUUCACAGUGCUCAAAUGAAGUCCACUGAAAUCAACCGAGGUGUCACCAGUCAUUUGUCCUCUUGAUUUCUAUGAGCUUUAAUUGCAACUUACAUUCUGUGCACAGAGGCUUGUACCUCCAGGAAAGAUGGGGACCCAGAAACUCUUUUGGGAUGUGUUUCUAGAGGCCUUUGUAAUAUUUUCAGCCUUUGAGUAAUGAGAUUAGAGGAUGAAUUUAAGAGUAGGAAAGGUAUAUUGGAUCAUUUAUAUUUUUAAAUGCUGUUAGGAAAAUCACUGUGUGUACAAUGUUUAUAAAAAGUUUUUUAAAAAUUGGUAUGGGUGUUUAUUUAAACAGCAUUGGUUAGGGUUGGUAUAUUGGACUUGACAGCAAGGAGUUAGUUUUCUGUCUCUCUCUGCUGCCAUCUAGUAAUUCCCUGGAGUUUUGCAGCCAGGAGGUGGCCACGCUAGCAUUGGCACCCUUUCAGUGAUAUGGGCUUAUACAACCUGUAUGGCAAUUGUUUAUAUUGUUAUAUAAAUAUUUAUAUAACUUUCUUUGUUCAAAGUGCUUUUAUUUUCAAGAAUUGUUGCCUAUUUCAUCAUUAUAGGAGCCAUAAGAAUUAAGGAAGUAUGUUUUGUGUAAAGAUGGAAUUCCUGCACCUUUAAUCACUCUGUAAAAGAAGGCAGAUCCACUUUGUUGUGGGGUUGAAAAAAAUGUACCUGUUGAAAUUCCAUCUGCUUUGUAACUAUUAAAAAUAGAGGAUCCUGUUUUCAUUUUAUCCUUACCGGGUAUGGCAUACCAGACCAAAUUAGUUCUUUAUUUCACACAGUCUUGGUUAUUUAAAUAAUGGUCAACUUUUUUUUACUUCUGAGACUCACUGUCACUUCAUUCUUAAUUUUGUGGAUCUAUUGUGACUUUUCACUAUUUAGUGAGAACUGUUUGUAACAAUCUUAUAACAAGAUACAAGGAUGUGUGUCCCAAACAAUGGAGAACUGGGUGGGUUUUUGUGUUUUUUUUUAACUAGCAGCUGUUCCCCAAGGUCCUGGGCACAAUAAAGUCUUUCCCAUCAUUUUGCUGGAUCUUUCAAACUGAGCAUACCGAGUACUUGAACCUGGAGCUUUCUCCGCAUGAGCAUGUUCCUUAUCAGAGAACAGUGACUCUUCCUAGCUGACAAAAUAAUCCAGAUAUCAUAGUGUUCACAAUUCUCUAAAUGAGCCUUCUUUAACCAGACCCUUCCAGAUGGGAGUCUGGAAAGUUACAGUCCCAAUGGAUCAGGAGUUCAUUUUUCCUCCAAUAUUCUGGUCUAUUGAAGUCAAUAAAGUAUAUAAAUAUUAGUCAAACAUAUUUUUGCUUAAAAUGUGAAAUUGGGAUCCUAAAGAAGCUUCAUUUCUACACUCUUAAGGAGUCUUGAAUCUCCUCUUAUUCCAAUGUAGCAACUUAAAUAUUAAGCUACAUUUGUUAUAAUCUUCUGCUUUUCCAUCAUACAUUGUAUGCUGCAGAUUUCUUUUAAGAAUGCUAUAGAAGGAAGAAUCUGAGAUGUAUGUGUUGCUGACUCAGAGAAAUCUUCAACUUUCUAAAUAAGGAAUUAAUUUGGCAAUAGCCAAUUAUACUGGGAAAGCUGGUAGGCGACAAAUAUUGCCAUGUCAUUUUUAAAAGUGUUCUUAAAAAGUUUUCAUUCAUAUUGUAUAUAUUAUUCUCCUAGCUUGCAGGAUGUUUCUGUCAUUAUAUCCUUUGCCAUCAUGGGCCUGAAGUGCACAGACCUCCUUUUCCAUGGACUGAGACCCAGUGAGAAUGUAGCAUUUUAUCUAGUUAUGGUGGUGUGUCUUCAGACUCUUCUGUCUCAACCAGUGGCAAAUCAGAAGAGCUCCCCAUUUUUGUUAUCUUUGCAGAAUAUUUACUUCUGGGUUUCUCUGUUUUUCUUAUUUCCAACUAUUUAAAAUUCAUCUUGGAC